UCCUCUCUUAUGUUCCUGUGCUUCGUUUCCAAGUUCUUUCUCUAGUGAUUCAUAGGAUGCUAAAAAUAGACUUGGAAAUAGUAGACUCCUCGUCAAGUUCUGGAGAAAGCGAGGAAGAGGAUAUAUCAGACUCCUCUGAGGAAAGUUCUGCGGCUUACGAAGAAACAGAUAAUGCAGAAAAUACGAGAGGUAACAUAAACUCUUUUGACGCCGACAUUAAUCCAGUUUUACUGAAGACAUCCAUGGAAAGUAUAAGUAAUGCAAGCCCUUUUAAAGAAAGUAAAACUGACGGAGCCCAUAAAGCUGGAGAAUUUGAAGAAAUGAUAGACAAAUUGGACCGCAUGAUGCUUGUAGUUUUCGAAUAUUUAGCAGAAAAGUUGAAAAUAAUAGAUAAAGAAAGUUCUGAGGAACAAGAACAAGCUCUUCAGUUGUUCACGCAUCUUUUAACCAUUUUUGAAAAAGUUAUUCUCACGACUCACAAAAGCCGUUUCGUGCAAUUCAUUAUAUUUCAUGCUUGUUCUCUCAACCAUUCAUUGGUCCCUAUUUUCGUGGAUUUUUUAAUGACUAGGCUAUUCCAGCCGCGCCUCCCGGCAGUUACCCGCCAAUCGCUUGCGAUGUACACUUCAAGUUUCAUUGCUCGACAUGAUCAAGUCUCUAGCGAACUUAUUAUGUUUAUAUUAAAGCGAUUGAGUUUUUUAUGCGAAAUGUCAGGCGCUUUUCUACGCAUUUAUUUUUGUUCACAGCAAACUUUUUAA